UAGGGUUUCGGGAUUUGUUUUGUUUACGUUUAAAUUAUUUGUUAGAGAUUCAAGAAUAUCUACGUCGCUUUAGUACUUUAUUACGGUAACUCAAGAAAUUCCGAGAAAUUGAUUCAAUUAAUUAUUAGUAACAAAUCAACUCUGGUAAAAUCUUAAAUCUAAUGGUGUGAUACAAAAUGUUUAUUUGUGAGUGCGAUGUUGAUGAAGUGAAGAGGGAAGCCUCAAAAUUUUUAAAACGUUUUGGUCUAAAGCUUAGAUUAAAGAAAAUUGAGUUAAAGCCAGUUGAUAAAAAAGAUGCGACAGGACUCUUUAAGGUCCGUUUGGAAAAAUUAAGGCUGAAAAAGGUAAAAAUUCAUCAAUACGAGCAGCCAGUUGGCAUUCCAGCCUUUGUCGUUGAAGCAUGCAAUUAUCUGAGAGACAGGAUAACUACCGAUGGGUUGUUUAGAAGACCUGGAGUAGCGAUUCGUCAGAGAGAAUUAAAACAAAUGCUGGUGAACGAGGGACGGCUACUGGCUGAGUGUGAGUACAGUGCUGUUGAUGUGGCAGAUCUGCUAAAACUGUUCUUCCGAGAGUUGCCUGAGCCCUGUAUUCCUUAUGUCUUUCAUGAUGUUUUACAAAGAUGUCUGGAGGUAGCAGAGCGAGAACGACAAAGAGAAGCCAUCCAGCUUACUCUUCUGCUCCUGCCUACGGACUAUCUUAACACUCUUGCCUAUCUCAUGCAGUUCCUACAAGAGGUAGCUGCCCACCAUCAUAUCAACCGGAUGGAUGUCAACAACCUAGCCAUCGUGUGGACCCCUAACCUGAUGCCUUUCAAAAACGGGCCAAGUGGAUGACAAGCUUAAGAAGCGUGUUACUAUUGUCCAGAUGCUGAUUGAGAACUGGAGCAGUAUUGGAGUAGUGCCGGAGUGUUUGUAUGAACAUCUGUCGUUGUUGGCAGCCUUCUGCCUCUCUCUCAAGUCAUGAUGACCUUGAGAC